AUGGAUCACUUCCGCUACGUGCACGAUCGAGCCAUAGCACGCUAUCCAUCGAAACGCGUGUUUAUCGUAGGCGGCUCUGAUGACACCGUGAUCGAGUUCGAGGACAAAAUACACGCCAUUCUCAACCACAGUGCUAUAGACGAUUUGAUGGAUCUGCUUUUUGUGCAACCAGAUGCAGCACGGCACCGAGUAGAUCUAUUCACUAACGGAUUCACCCCGGACUCGGAGUUAAUACGAUUGGAUAGCUACAAUCUCCGCAGCAACUGGCAUUUGGCAACACCUGGCGUAAACUUGUUCCCCAACAAACGUGCCAACCUAAGGGAACGAUACGUUCGGUUAAGUAUCUUCAACUACCAACCAUACACGGUUUGGCGUGAAGUUGAAACCAGGCAGGAAGCCAACUCUUAUCUGGAACAUCGUCCAACAAUACACAUCGAUGGAACCGAGUCCCAGCUAUUCAUCGAGUUUUGUGCCAGCCGGAAUUGCCGUUUGGAGAUGUCGCUGGAUGAUGUCGGCGAGUGGGGCCAGAUAUACGAUAAUCGAACCGGUGAUGGCAUUCUUGGGGCCGUGGUCGAACGGAGGUCUGAUAUCGGUGUCGGAGCACUGUACUCCUGGCAUCAUGAGUUUGGAUUUUUGUCGCUCUCGAAACCAAUCUCACGGACCGGGGUCACUUGCAUCGUCCCGAAGCCACUACCACUGUCCUCCUGGAUGACUCCGAUUCUACCGUUUUCACCAUUCCUCUGGCUCGCCGUGAUUGCAACGUUCGUCAUUGCUACCAUUUUCGAAUUUCUCGUCAGUUUUGUGGCUCAUAAGAUCAAUGGCAAGCAGAACACUGGCCAUGUUGAUGUUUGCGAAGCCGUGAUGGUGACCAUGGCCAUCUUCAUUCUGCAGACCGUGUUGCUGCGUAUCAACAAAACUCCGAUCGUUUCGCAAAUGCUGCUCAUUGGGUCCCUGCUGAUGGUUGGUCUGAUGAUUGGAAACGCAUACAGUGGAGGUCUCGCUAGUGUCAUGACGGUUCCGCGAUUCGAAAAGUCCAUCGACACGGUGCAGGAUCUCGCCGAUCAUAACUUACACUGGGCAUCGACGCACGAUGCUUGGAUCUUUUCGAUUCAACUUGCGACACAGCCAACGAUUGUGAAGUUGCUGCAGAACUUUGGCACCUACCCGAAGGAUGUGCUGCACGAGCAUGCCAAGAAGCGUGACAUGGGAUACAGCAUCGAACGGCUCCCUUACGGUCACUACGCCAUCGGCGAGUACAUCACGGAUAGCGUGAGUGGUAAUUUUGAAAUCAUGCUCGAGGACAUCUACUGGGAGGCCUGUGUCGCAAUGGCCACCAAAACUUGGCCACUAAUGAACGAGCUCGACGAACUGACGCUACUUAUCUUUCAGAGCGGAAUCCAAAAGUACUGGGAAAGCGAGGUGGUGUCGAAGUAUGCGGAUAAUAAGGUCCAACACGCCAUUUCCAUCUCUCGCCAUUUCGAUAAUCCAGGCCCCAUCGCACUGCAACCGUCGCACCUGAUUGGGGCCUUUUUUCUGCUUGGCAUCGGACUGGCCUGUGGGAUGGUAUGCUUUCUGCUGGAACUACUGUGGCAUCAAUGGUCCAUCAGUCGACUAGUGGUCAGUAACGUGUGGUGAAUCAGCAAAAAACCAUCCUACUACGCAGCAUGGAACUCGUGACAGGUCAUUCCAUUCGUUGACAACUACAGAUUGCUGGUAGAAGGACAUUUCGAGUGUCC